UGAUGACCUCAUCACGUCGCGUAGAUUUUAGCGCGCAACUGUCAAAUUCGUAUCUUCUUGGAAUCUUCUUACAAACACGAAAUUUUUACUUAUUGCGUUACAUCAAUUCUGUUAGAACAACUGUCACUGUUCUCUGGAAAUGUCCGCGGUCAUCACCAAGGCUAGGACGUUUUCCUCUAUUCUUCGGUCACUUCAAAAGGACCCACCCAUUGAAUCAAACCCCUAUGAGGAAGAAAUACAGAUAUUGAAGAUCUGUGGGGAAGACUCCGGAGUGUCAUCUUGGUGUCCUGGACACCGAAGUAUCUUUAUUUGCGAGAAAACCGUUGUUAAACUUGAUGGGGAUGAAGCUGACAAGUCAUCAUAUUCUGAAAACGAGGAUAAUGUAUCUCUUGGAAACUUGGGGCCUCAACCAGUCAGCAUCAUGAAAGCAAGACAACUUUUGUCCUGGUAUACAAUGUCACAAAACCAAAAGCUGUCAGAGGACGAUGGCCCCCUGGAUCCUCUUUGGGUGCGUUGUGACAUGUCUGACCUGGCUGGCACAUCCUGGUUGGGAGCAGAGACGGUCCACCUGGCCAAUAAAGUUACUGGUGUCAAGCUGUACUCCGUCACCUGCAAAGGGCCAUCUUUGGAGAGAAGGUCAUCCAUUACCUUGGAUGAUCUAAAGCAGGAGCACAAGAAACGCCACCAUCCCUUCAGCGGUUUGCAGGUGGCUAUUAAGGGCAAUGCUUUAUACAACUUAUUUGGGUCCACUGUGGUUGAAAACACGACCAUCGAAUCCCAGAGCAGUGUGACGGUGGACUUCAAAUGGAGCCAUGUGGAAAGCAUCCUGGAGACUCCGCCCCUGUCCUCUAAAGCCACCCUGAAUAUCAAGAUCACCUCUGGCGAAAUGAGGAGCCCGAUGUUUCAAAAGUACAGAGAGCUUGAGUUCUUGCAGCUUCUUGCGGCUGGUUUAAGGACUGGAGAAACGGAGUGGAUGGAACCCUUGGAGACCACCUCAGCUGUAGAACUUAUUAAGACCUACUUGGAAGAACUUGAAAAUACUGGAAAGACCCUUCCAGAUCAGACGGCAAAGUCAGAGACUGUGAAGACUGAGGCUGCAAAGACUGAGUUGGGAGCUUCCAUCUUCGAUGCCUUCAUGGAACGGGAAAAUUUGGACUUCCUGGAACAGAUAUGGGUGCGAAUGAGGAAGAGUGUAACCUCCUAUCAAGAUGUUCAUGACUGUCUGAAAUUGGUCAUGGACAGCCUGAGUUAUGGUGACCUCAAACCAUGGAUCCACAGAGACGGCAACAGUUCACUCGGGAAGGUUUUCCUGCAGUCCUAUCAGCAGCCCAUGGAUCAUGUGUCACUGACGGGUCUGACUCCCAUCACCAUGCUGCUGGAGGUGGGCCUGGACAAGAUGAGGAAGGACUACAUCAACUACCUCAUCGGGAAUGAACUCACAACCCUGAACCACCUGAGUUACUAUCUCAGCAUAGAGGUGGAGUUGCAGGAGCAAGUCAUUCGAUUGAGGAAACUACACCACCUGCUGGAGAUUAUGGUGACCUGCAGUACCUUCCUGGGUCUGCCCUUUGAUCGCCUGUUCCGCCUCACUCAGUCAUGUUUGCAGUACUUUAGGACAUCCCCUUAUAACGAGGACCACCAGUUCCAGCUGCCCAUCACACCUGCCCUGAUCAGCCACUUGUACCAGAAGGAACACCCGGUGGUGUGGGGCGUGGAGGUGUCGAGUGGCCACAGCCCCCGGGAGGUCAAGACCACCUUGCAGCUCAGUGAGAAACCACUGGUGGAUCACAUCGUCUUCGAUACAGAUUACACAAACACUACGGUGAACAGAGACAGUGAGGAGCCGGCCUACUUCAGCACUGUGGUCUGCUGCAGCCUGGUCACCUUUGCCUGAGGAAACCCAGUACCAAUUAUAACGUGGUCCAGGGAGCAGACGUGUAUAGAUUGACCCGUGUAACCAUAAAAUACAAAUGACUCCUUAAAUGCAGUUCGAGCCCAUCUUUGGCCAAGUUGAGUGACUGAUCAAGUGUCAAGGAAUUGUAUGAUCAAAGUUAAUCAAGCCUCUGCGCCGAGUUCUGGAGUUUCUACGGUCCUCUAAUUGCGUCAUAACAUCGAUUUACAAAUUGUUUAUGGAAUUUUAAAAUGUACUGAACUUUGCCAUUAAAAGAAUUUGAGAAGGUGCAUGAACC